AACAAUAAUGGCGGACGCCAAUGCCGCAGUGCUGUUUGUGACAGUGGCGCUGGUUAUGGUGGGACUGCUGUCUGGACUAAGCCUGUUAUGGGCUCUGCUGCCAGUCGCGGUCGUACUGUUCAUUUUUAUAGUGGCGCGAAGCUUGAAAGGUCGCGAUGAGUUUGCUCACCUGAACGUUUGCGUGCUGGUGUUGGGAGACAUAGGACGCAGUCCGCGCAUGCAGUACCACGCUCUCUCUUUCAGCAGACAUGGGUACAAUGUCACCUUUAUAGGAUUUCUCGGUACCAAACCCCAUCGAGACAUUCUUGAAGAUGACAGAAUAGACAUCAUUCCAAUUUCUGAACUUAAGAGUCUCCAAGUUGGCCCUAAAAUCUUUGUAUAUGUCUCCAAGGUGAUAUGUCAGUCUCUGCAGCUGUUUUACGUUUUAAUGCAGCUAGAGGACCAGGCUUAUAUUCUUUUGCAGAAUCCUCCUGGACUACCAAGUAUUGCUGUAACAUGGCUAGUGAGUCGAAUCAUUGGGGCGCAGUUUGUGAUAGACUGGCACAAUUAUGGUUACUCCAUUAUGGCCCUCACUCAUGGGGAGAGGCAUCCAAUCGUUAAAGCUGCAAAAUGGUAUGAGAAAUUUUUUGGCCGUUUGUCUGAUCACAACCUGUGUGUCACCAAUGCCAUGAGACACGACCUUCUCAAGAACUGGAACAUAAAGGCAACGACUCUGUAUGACAAGCCACCUAUGAUAUUUAGAGAAACACCUCUGAAGGUUCGACACGAGUUGUUCGCUAGAAUGGCCAGUGCUUACCCACCGUUCAAGGCUUGUUCUGAGAUCAGUAAGGAAAACACUGACCUGACUGCAUUUACGGAGCGCAACACCAAAACGGAAGAAGUGUCACUGGCUGCUGGGCGACCUGCCAUGCUCCUCAGUAGUACCAGCUGGACUGAGGAUGAGGACUUCUCAAUUCUUUUAAAGGCACUUGAAGAUUAUGAAGGGAUUGCGAAAGAGAGCCAAUGUCUUCCAUCACUGGUGUGCGUCAUCACAGGCAAAGGUCCUCAGAAGGAAUAUUACAAAAAGAUAAUUGACUCCAAGGACUUUACACAUGUGAGGAUCUGCACUCCAUGGCUGGAAGCAGAGGACUAUCCAGUUCUAUUGGGUUCUGCUGACCUCGGGGUCUGCUUGCACAAGUCCUCCAGUGGUCUUGACCUUCCAAUGAAGGUGGUCGACAUGUUUGGCUGUUGUCUUCCUGUCUGUGCCAUAAACUUCCAAUGCUUGGACGAGCUGGUGAAGCAUGAGGAGAACGGGCUGGUCUUCGGAGACUCGUCUGAGCUGGUCGAGCAGCUGAAGAUGCUCCUCUGCGACUUCCCUAAUGAACACGGAAAGCUGAGCCACUUCCGGAAGAACCUGAGAGAGGGCAGGCAACAGCGCUGGGACGAAAACUGGGACCUCAACGUGCUGCCUCUGUUCAAGGAGCACUGUGACUGAGCAGCAGCGGAGUGAACCAACUCGCCUCCAACAGGGGGUUCGGGCAGGGAUUUGUACAGGGUAAAUGAGCACUACAUGUUCGAAUGCCCCUCUUUUGGGUCAUCUGCAUUCCAGCAAUUACAAUGGAUAAGACUUGAACAUAAGAGCAAAAAGCACACUGUCCAUGUAAAUAUAAUGUAAAUAAAUACUUUAUUACAAUAGGAUUUUGACAGCUUUGUCAACAGUGUACCUUGAUCAUUUCUAUGGAGACGAUUCUGUUGUAUGGGAAGACUUGUGUGACAGGAUGUGUAAUGACGAUGUGUUUCAAUCCAGCCUUUUCUGUAUGUGAGGAAAUAAGGUUUGCUUUUCAUUUACUAUUUUGAUGAAUAUCUGUUCCAAUAUUACAGGUACAUUUUGUGUGGAUGAAGUGACUGCAAUGACAUUAAACUCACCCAAUUCAUUCUUAAA